UCUUUUAGGCUUUUUUUCCCCCUAAGUUUUUUAAUAAAAUCCAAUCUUAUGUGUUGACACGGUGUCUUUUGAGGAAUAUAUUUAACGCUUAUUGUGAGUUCCGCUGGGAUGGUUUUGUUUUAAACUGAGUUUUAGCGGUUUCAAGGGAGUUUUUAGUGUGAAAACUUCAGUUGCAGGAUGGCCACCCCGAGCAAGACCCCACCCGGAGCCGAUCCGAAGCAGCUUGAGCGGACCGGGACAGUCCGGGAGAUCGGGUCCCAGGCGGUGUGGUCGCUGUCCUCCUGUAAACCAGGGUUUGGAGUGGAUCAGCUGAGGGAUGACAACCUGGAGACCUACUGGCAGUCAGAUGGAUCCCAGCCGCACCUGGUCAACAUUCAGUUCAGGAGGAGGACGACGGUGAAGAUGUUGUGUAUUUACGCCGAUUAUAAAUCAGAUGAAAGUUACACGCCCAGUAAAAUCUCUGUGAGAGUGGGCAACAAUUUCCACAACCUUCAAGAGAUCAGGCAGCUGGAGAUGGUGGAGCCCAGCGGCUGGAUUCACAUCUCUCUACUAAAUCAGCGAACAAACGAACCAAUCAGUACCUUCAUGAUCCAGAUCGCCGUGCUCGCCAACCACCAGAACGGCAGAGACACGCACAUGCGGCAGAUCAAGGUUUACACGCCUGUGGAGGAGAGCUCCAUCGGCAAGUUCCCACGAUGCACCACGGUGGACUUCAUGAUGUACCGCACCAUCAGGUGAUCCGAUCCGGCCGAUCCGGGACUCUCAGGAUCAGAGGACAGAAGACGAAGACUGAGCUGCUUGUUUGGAAGACCGACGGGUUCAACUGAUCGAUUUCCCACUGGUUCUGAUUGGGUUGGGAUAUUUCAGAUUGCCAAUAUUUAAAGUUGUUUUAAUGAGGGACUGAAACUGGGUUUGGAGUGAAACCUUUGUGCCAACAAUUCCUCCGGGUUUGUUUUUUGACUGUGAAAUAAAUGUUGUCAAACCAAAAA